CCCACAAAGAAUAGCAAACAUGGGCAAGAUUAUCUUCUACGAGGACAGGAACUUCCAGGGUCGCUCCUAUGAGUGCAGCAGUGACUGCGUUGACAUGUCUACCUACCUCAGCCGCUGCAACUCCUGCAGAGUGGAGAGUGGUUGCUUUGUGGUUUAUGACCGUCCUAACUUCAUGGGAAACCAGUUCUUUAUGAGGAGGGGCGAGUAUGCUGAUUACAUGCGCAUGGGAAUGAGUGAUGGCAUCAGGUCCUGUCGCAUGGUUCCUCAGUACAGGGGAUCCUAUAGUAUUAAGAUCUAUGAGAGGGAGAACUUCGGAGGUCAAAUGCACGAGCUAACAGAUGACUGCGAUUCCUUCCUGGAACGUUUCCGCAUGUCUGACUGCCAGUCCUGUCAUGUGAUGGACGGCCACUGGCUCAUGUAUGAGCAGCCCCACUACAGAGGCAGGAUGAUCUACUUUAGGCCUGGAGAGUACAGGAGCUUCAGGGAUGUGGGAUACAGCAACGUCAGAUUCAGCUCUGUUAGAAGAAUCAUGGACUUGUGUUAAAUUCGCGGUUAAAAAAAAAUGCUAAUAUAAGUAUAAACAAUAAAAUUCUAACAAUGC